GUCCUGGACUCGGAGAAUCUAGCUGCAUCCCGCUCGACAAUCGGUCUUGUCAAACCGCUUACUACCUCGACGGUCUUUUGAGGACGAAAUAGUUCCCAAUGGCCAGUCUAGUCGCAAUCCUCGACCUGAAGGGCAAGCCGCUCAUCCAGCGGUCGUACCGCGACGAUGUCCCCCCGUCGUAUAUCGAACGCUUUCUACCUAUCGUGCUCGACCUCGAGGAGGAGGGCCAUCAGGUUACACCGUGCUUCACGCGCGAAGGAAUCAACUACAUGCACAUCCGACAUUCAAACUUGUAUCUGCUCGCGCUGUCGAAGCGCAACAGCAACGCGGCGGAGAUCAUCCUAUUUCUGCACCGACUGGUGCAGGUCCUCGUCGAGUACUUCAAGGAGCUCGAGGAGGAGUCGAUCCGCGACAACUUUGUCAUCAUCUACGAGCUGCUGGACGAGAUGAUGGACUUUGGGUACCCGCAGACGACGGAGAGCAAGAUCCUCCAGGAGUACAUCACGCAAGAGUCGUACAAGCUGGAGGUGCAGGUCCGGCCGCCAAUAGCGGUCACGAAUGCCGUGUCGUGGCGAUCAGAGGGGAUCCGGUACCGCAAGAACGAAGUCUUCCUGGACGUCAUCGAGAGUGUCAAUCUGCUUGUCAACGCAAAUGGAAACGUCGUUCGCUCAGAGAUUCUGGGGGCGGUCAAGAUGAAGUGCUACCUGUCCGGCAUGCCGGAGCUCCGCCUGGGCCUGAACGAUAAAGUGAUGUUCGAGACGACAGGGCGAACUGCGCGGGGGAAGGCGAUCGAGAUGGAGGACGUCAAGUUCCACCAGUGCGUGCGGCUCUCGCGCUUCGAGAACGACCGCACGAUCUCGUUCAUCCCGCCCGACGGCGAGUUCGAGCUGAUGAGCUACCGCCUGUCGACGCCCGUGAAGCCGCUCAUCUGGGUGGAGGCGGCGGUCGAGCACCACAAGGGCAGCAGGGUGGAGUACAUGGUCAAGGUCAAGGCGCAGUUCAAGCGGCGGAGCACGGCCAACAACGUCGAGAUCUACGUCCCCGUGCCGGACGACGCGGACACGCCGAAGUUCCGGGCGUCGACGGGCGCGGUGCAGUACGCCCCGGACAAGAGCGCAUUCGUGUGGAAGAUCAAGCAGCUCGGCGGCGGCCGCGAGUUCCUCAUGCGCGCGCACUUUGGCCUGCCGAGCGUGCGAGGAGAGCAAGACAGCAUGGACAAGCGCGCGCCGAUCACGGUCAAGUUCGAGAUCCCGUACUUCACCGUGUCGGGCAUCCAGGUGCGCUACCUCAAAAUUGUCGAGAAGAGCGGGUACCAGGCGCUUCCGUGGGUGCGGUACAUCACGCAGAACGGCGACGAUUAUAGCUUGCGGACGGCACUGGAGAAGGGCAGCGCCCCAAUCGUGCCGAUGUAA